AUGAGAGUAAAUAGAAAGAAGAUAAAGAAGAGCUUGUCCACUCCUCACGCCGCCAUGAGACGGGAGGGAUCCGCGAUGGUAUACAAAUGGGACGUAAUCGUCAGGCCGAGAGCGAAGUGCGGUGGAAUGAUGACAUCUCGGAUGGCUUCCGCCGUUCUUCUCAUUGGUGGCUGUACUCAGAGAGAAGAGGGUGGCGCUCUGCGUUCAGUUGAAGAGUUAAGCUUUCAACAAACUGCCAACGGUGUAGACGUGGCUUCGCGUAUCGUUGGCGAACUACAGGAAGCUCGAAGGAGUCCUGCUGUUUUCGCUGAAAACGAUGGAUUCCUUGUCAUAGGAGGUUUGUGGAUUCCAUCUCCUCAACAGUCCGAUGUCAGAGGAAAGGUGUUCAUGCAAGAAGUGCCGAACGCAUUCGAUGGAGCCGGAAUUCUCUGGAGAGCAACGGUUCCUUAUUCCAGAACGUCGUCGAAGCGCAAAGCUGUGCUGUUUCUCUCAAAUUGGAAGUAUGCAUUCUUCUCUCCAUUUUUGUAA